UUGCAAUAAAAUGAAAGCCAUGUCUUCAACCUCAUAAUUUUUUAUUUUUUAGUUUUAUCAAAAAACACAUCAAUUUAUUCUUCUUGCUUUUAUCUUUCUUUCUCUCUCUUCUUCAUUUUCUCUCUCUAAUUAUCUCCCUUCUUCCCUCAAAUUUUUAGGAAGAUCUCAACUUGGGUUUGCUUAAUAACUUGAAUUUGCAAUUGGGUGUCAAAAAUUUUCUACCAGAGUUUCCCAAAAUCCUAUCUUUCACCUUAAAAUUUCCCAUUAGUUAAACUUAGUAAAAACCCAAUAAGAAUCUUAUACUGUGUUUUCAUCAUUUCAUUAUUUUUUCUAUUUCCAAGAUUCCAAUUCAUCUCAAGUUGAAAUUUUGAAAGUGGGUUUUACUUUAAAUUAAUCCAUGCAGAGUUUAAUUACGUGAUAAAUUCGAUCUUUAUUUCUUGUUUUGGGGAUAUUAUUUUUGGUGGGUCAAACCCCUUUAUUUUUCUGGUAUUUUUUUAUCAUUAUUAAGAAGAUUUAAGUUUAGAUGAGAUGAAUUUAGGUGGUGGGGUAGUGGGAUCCAUGACUUUGCAUAGUUCUACAGUUAACCGGAAGCCGGCAGAUGAUAAUUUUCCGGUGGGUCUCCGGGUUCUUGUGGUUGAUGAUGAUCCAACUUGCCUUACCAUUUUAGAAAUGAUGCUUCGUACUUGUCGGUAUGAAGUUACCAAAACAAACAGAGCUGAGAAUGCCUUGACCUUGCUCCGUGAGAAUAGAAACGGGUUUGAUGUUGUUAUAAGCGAUGUACAUAUGCCCGAUAUGGAUGGAUUCAAACUCCUCGAGCAUGUUGGGUUAGAAAUGGACCUUCCCGUUAUUAUGAUGUCUGCGGAUGAUAGCAAACAUGUUGUGAUGAAGGGUGUUACACAUGGAGCUUGUGAUUAUUUAAUCAAACCUGUGCGAAUUGAGGCGCUCAAAAACAUAUGGCAGCAUGUGGUGAGGAAGAAGAGGACGGAGUACAAAGACAUUGAACAAUCGGGGAGUUGGGAUGAAGGGGACCGACAGCAAAAACCAGAUGAUACAGUCACGUCACCUGCCAACGAUGGAAGUUGGAAGAAUGCGAAGAGGAAAAGUGGCGAGGAUGAUGAGCCAGAGGAAAAGGAUGAUUCAACAACUCUCAAGAAACCUCGAGUAGUUUGGUCUGUGGAGCUCCAUCAGCAGUUUGUGGCCGCAGUUAACCAGCUUGGAAUCGACAAAGCUGUUCCUAAGAAAAUUUUGGAGCUGAUGAACGUUCCUGGGCUUACAAGAGAAAACGUGGCCAGCCAUCUUCAGAAAUACCGCUUGUAUCUGAGACGACUGAGUGGAGUAUCACAGCAUAACAGCUCAUUUAUGCCCCAGGAGUCAGGUUUCAGCUCAAUGUCAUCCCUUGGAGGCAUCGAUCUUCAAACUCUUGCGGCCACUGGUCAACUUUCGGCUCAGACUUUAGCAGCAUACACUAGACUCCCUCCAACAAUUAAGCCCGGCAUGUCAAUGCCAUUUGUUGACCAGAGAAAUCUCUUUAGUUUUGAAAACAACAAGUUAAGAUAUGGUGAGCCACAACAAGCGCAGAUCAGCAACGUCAGUAAGCAAAUGAAUCUGCUGCAUGGGAUCCCAACAACCAUGGAACCAAAACAACUUGCAGGGUUGAAUCAAUCUUCACAAACCCUUGGGAAUUUGAGCAUGCAAACUAAUGCUUCUAUUAGCCAUCAAAAUAACACUUUACUAAUGCAGCAGAUGGUCCCACAACAGUCACGGGUUCAAAUCAUAAAUGAAAACGUCAAUUGUCCAGUUUCGCGGAUUCAACCCUCAAUAGGGCAGUCGUUGCAGUCAAAUGGGACUGGUAGUGCAGUGCUACCUAGAAAUGCCGUGCCUUAUGAUCCUCUUCCUCAAGCUGCCCCUGUGGUGGAUUAUUCUGUGAACCAAAUUUCUGAAUUACCCGGCAAUAGCUUCCCGCUUGGUAGUAACCCUGGGAUAACAUCUAUGACAUCGAAGGGAUUUAGUCAAGAAGAAAUUUGCCCUGAUAUUAAAGUAACACGAAGAUUUGUCGGGAAUUAUGAUAUGUUAAGCGAUCUUCAGCAAAAGCCUCAAGAUUGGCAGUUGCAGAAUCCCAACAUAUCGUAUGCUGGGUCCUCUCAACACGUAUCAUCUAUGCAAAGCAGUGUGAAUGUUGCACCCUCAGUUCUGGUGAAUCAGUCCUAUAUUCCCUCUCAUAAGAACGAACAGAAUGGGAAUGCCAUUGCUGGGAAGCAGAUGUUUUCAACUGGAUUAGAAAACCAACAUGUCAGAACACAGGGCAUUAAUCAAAACAUCAACAGCGUAAUCGUUAAUCAUUCUUCAAGGGUGAAGUCGGAGAACAUAUCUGAUGUGGUGAACCCGGGGACUAGUCUCUUUUCUGAACACUAUAGUCAGGAUGAUCUGAUGAGUGCACUGCUUAAGCAGCAGCAAGAAGGCCUUGGGUCAAGCGACUACGACUACGACGGGUACACAUUGGAUAACAUUCCAAGUGUAGGAAUAUAAUACAAAUAAACUCCUUUUAAAGUUCGGUCUGUUCACAUUGUCGAUGUACAUAGCUGCUGCUGCAAAUCGAGGAGGAACUAUACAUGAAAAAAAACUAAAACCAGCUUCUGGACCACUAUUUUCAGCUAGAGAUUGGCUUUCGCGGCUGGUAUAGACUUAUUAGUUAUUCACUUGUUUGGUUUCAAAUUGUUCACAUAAAAGUUUUGAUUGUUUUCAGCAGCCUGGGCUUACUAUACUAACAAAAGAUAGUUAUAUUUGAAAAGCCCCUUGUUCACAAUUCAUCUUUCUUUUAAAGGCCGUUUAUUCGUCGUGACGAUUGCAUAUUUGGGGUGGGAAAAGUCGGCGGAUUGGUAGGAGUUUUUUCUUUGCAAAUUUUUCGGUUUUUGUUAAUCUUUACUGAUGUUCUUCUAACUCGAAUAACAAACUGUUUGUUUAGUUUUAUAGACUUUGAUGAUGUACAAAUCUCAUUUGAUUGCUUAGGACAAGGGUCUUCACUCUUAAGGGUGUUUUUCUUUCCUAUGCUUUGUUCUUUGUGUACCUAAAAAGUUGCGUUCUUAUAAAUAAUUCCCAUGCUUAUCUUUUUA